AUGGACGAAUUCACCGAACUCAAGAAAGGUCUCGUCUUUAUGACGCUCUUCGACAUGCUGUUCUCAUUCUUCGAAACUGCCAAUCACGUUUCUUUGAAUGAGUUGGGUAGAUGUCUCCUCGUCUACUAUAUAGCCAUACUGGCCUAUCUUCUAAAUGUACGGGUCACUUCAAAAUGGAUUGUCUACUUUCAAGCUCUCUUGGUAUUCUUGUUUGCUGGCUUCUUAUCCGCUGUCCUGAUGUAA